AUGGGCGCCACCAAGAACAAGUACUCGGUCAUCCUGCCGACCUACAACGAGCGGAAGAACCUCCCUAUCAUUGUCUGGCUGAUUCAGAAGACUUUCACCGAGAACAAUCUGGAUUGGGAGGUUGUUGUUGUUGACGAUGGUUCCCCUGAUGGCACCCUUGAAAUUGCCAAGCAACUCCAGAAACUCUACGGCCCUGAACAUAUCAAUCUCAAGCCGCGCGAGGGAAAGCUCGGUCUCGGUACUGCCUACGUCCACGGCCUAGUCCACUGCACCGGAAACUUUGUCAUCAUCAUGGAUGCCGACUUCAGCCACCACCCCAAGUUUAUUCCCGAGAUGGUUCGCAUCCAGAAGGAGAGCAACGCAGACAUUGUCACCGGUACCCGCUACGCCAAUCGUGGAGAUAUCAAGGGUGGUGUUUAUGGCUGGGAUCUCUUCCGCAAGUUUACCUCGCGUACCGCCAACCUGAUCGCAGAUGUCAUGCUCAUGCCUGGUGUCAGCGAUCUGACUGGCAGCUUCCGCUUGUACAAGAAGGAGGUGCUCGACAAGGUCAUCACCAGCACUGAGUCCAAGGGCUACAGCUUCCAAAUGGAGAUGAUGGUCCGAGCCAAAGCUAUGGGCUACAAGGUGGAGGAGUGCCCUAUCACUUUCGUGGACCGCAUUUACGGCGACAGCAAGCUGGGUGGAUCUGAAAUUGUUGAAUACCUCAAGGGCGUGUUCAACCUCUGGCUUAAGGUUUGA